AUGCCAUUCUCUCAUCACAGCCACUCGGGCCAAUUCUGCCCAGGGCAUGCCAAAGAUUCGUUGGAAGAUGUGAUCCAAAAAGCCAUCAGCAAGAAGAUGCAGGUCUUCUGCUUGACGGAACAUAUGCCCCGCCACGAAGAGGACUUUUACCCUGAAGAGAUCGAAGCUGGCCAAACAGAGGCCUGGCAUGAAACCAACGAAGCUGCAUACUGGGAAGAGGCCCAGCGCCUGCGCACAAAAUACGCCUCGCAAAUCCAGCUCAUCAUCGGCUUCGAGUGCGAAUGGAUCCGCCCCAAAUCAAAAGAGCUCAUCGACCGCUCUCUCGCGCGGUUUCCAUUCGAAUUCUUCAUCGGCUCAGUGCACUACACCAAGACCGUGCCGAUUGACUACGAUCGACCCCUGUACGAAAAGGCGCGGGAGCUCGCAGGUGGGUCUGACGAGCUCUUGUACGAGGCGUACUUCGACGAGCAGCUGGAUAUGUUGCAGCAGUUAAAGCCUCUCGUUGUUGGGCACUUUGAUCUGAUUCGGCUGAAGAGCGAUGACCCGGAACGCAGCUUCAAGACGUGGCCUGGGGUUUGGGCGAAGGUGCUGCGGAAUUUGGACUUUGUGGCUUCUUACGGGGGCAUUCUGGAGAUCAAUGGCGCCGCAUUGAGGAAGGGGAUGAGUGAGCCUUAUCCUAAGGCUGAGAUUUGCAAAGAGUUUAUUGCGCGGGGAGGGGGUUUCUGUCUGUCGGAUGACAGCCAUGGCGUUGAUCAGAUCAGCCUGAACUUCCAUCGCGUGCUGGAAUUCUUAGACAGUACAGGGAUCUCAACCCUACAUUAUCUACGCCUUGCAGAGCCAUCGGAAAAAUCUCCAGCGCCCGAUUCUCGGUUUCCCCAGACACGGAUUGCUAUUAUUUCUCUGGACGAGGUAAAGCAAAUGGCUUUCUGGAAGACCGAAUGA